AUGGCGGCCUUUCGGGCGCGAGCCCCUCUCCUGAUCCUCGUCAUCAGCUGUCUCGCUAUUAACGCCACCGUUACAGCCACCCCCGACUACCGCGACGCGUUGUCGAAAGCGCUCCUAUUCUUCGACGGCCAACGGUCAGGAAACCUCUCAGGCGCCGCGGUCAAGACCAGGACGACGUGGCGCGGCGACUCCGGUCUCACCGACGGCAAAGCGCAGAAGGUCGACUUGCUCGGCGGCUACUAUGACGGCGCGGGGAACGUUAAGUACGGCCUGCCGCUGGCCUUCUCCCUCACGCUGCUCUCCUGGGCCGCCGUCGAUUACCAAUCGCAACUCGCCGCGUCAGGCGGCCAGCUCUCCGCGGCUCGCGACACGAUUCGCUGGGGGACGGAUUACCUCCUUAAGGCGCACACGAGCGCGAACGAGCUUUGGGUGCAAGUAGGCGACGGUCCGAGCGACGACCUGUGCUGGCAGCGGCCCGAGGACAUGACGACGGACCGCACCGCGUACCGGGUGAACGCGACGCGGCCGGGGUCUGACGUGGCAGGGGAGACGGCGGCGGCGAUGGCGGCGGCGUCGCUGGUGUUCGCGAAAGUGGAUCCGUCGUACUCGUCGCUGCUGCUGAACCGCUCGCAGCAGCUGUUCACGUUUGCGGACACUUAUCGCGGGGUGUAUUCUGAUUCUAUCCCCAUUGCGAGGCGGAACUAUCCCUCAUGGACCGGAUACGAGGACGAGCUGGCGUGGGCGGCGGCAUGGCUGCACCGAGCAACGGGGUCGUCACAGUACCUCGAGUACCUGGCGGUGAAUGACGAGCAGCUUCAGGGGUCGACACAGAGCACCACGGACAGCAGCGCGCCUGCGUCUGCGUCUGCCCCACCCUCUCCCCGUCCCUCCACCCCCACGUCCCUCAAUCCCCCCGUCUCUCCAUCCUCCCGCCCCUCCAUCCCCCCGUCCCUCCAUCCCCCCGUCCCUCCAUCCCCCCGUCCCUCCAUCCCCCCGUCCCUCCAUCCCCCCAUCCCUCCAUCCCCCCGUCCCUCCACCCCCCCGUCCCUCCAUCCCCCCGUCCCUCCAUCCCCCCAUCCCUCCCUGCGCCUUGUCUCUCCGCAGGUAGCACAGGAAGGAAGCAGCAGCGGGGCGGAACCUGAGCACGGCGGCACAGCCGGUGGUGGGGGGGUGGCACUGCAAGGCAGCGGGGCGGCUAAUCUGAGUGUGGCAGCACAGGCGGUGGUGGAGGGGUACCGAACUGACUCUUGCCCCACUCACUCUCGUCCCUCUUUCCCUCCGUCCGUCUCCACGCAGGUGGCACUGCAAGGCAGCGGGGCGGCUAAUCUGAGUGUGGCAGCACAGGCGGUGGUGGAGGGGUACCGAACUGACUCUUGCCCCACUCACUCUCGUCCCUCUUUCCCUCCGUCCGUCUCCACGCAGGUGGCACUGCAAGGCAGCGGGGCGGCUAAUCUGAGUGUGGCAGCACAGGCGGUAGUGGAGGGGUACCGAACUGACUCUUGCCCCACUCACUCUCGUCCCUCUUUCCCUCCGUCCGUCUCCACGCAGGUGGCACUGCAAGGCAGCGGGGCGGCUAAUCUGAGUGUGGCGGCACAGGCGGUGGUGGAGGGGUACCGAGGCAUGGCGGACGCCUUUGCAUGUGCAUACAUGCCUGAUAACCCACUGCACUCCAUCUACGUCACCCCGGGCGGGCUGGUGUACGUUCGAGCGCGCAACAGCCAGUACGCCACGUCAGCCGCGUUCCUGCUGCUUCUCUACAGUGACUACCUUGCGUCGGCCAAUCAGACGCUCUCGUGCGACGGCACGGACUACACGCCUGCUGACAUGGCGGCCUUCUCCAAGUCACAGAUGGACUAUUUGCUUGGAGUCAACCCCCUCAAUGCCUCCUACAUGGUUGGCUUCGGCCAGUCCUACCCGCAGAAGCUGCGCCACCGGGCGGCGUCCAUCGUCUCUUUCAAAGCGGACAGCACGCCGGUUACCUGUGAGGGCGGCAAGGCGGAUUGGCUCAUGAGUCCAGACCCCAACCCCAACGUACACGUGGGGGCAAUUGUUGGGGGCGCUGAUGCG